AUGCCUCUCGUUUUCCCUGAAUCUCCCUCUGAUCAAGAACCCAAAAUCAGUUACCCUUUACAGGCACGCUUGCUGUCUGAUAAAGCCAAAGGAUUAGUUUCCGAGCAUGCUUAUGUUGAAGCUCUAGAUUGUAUGAAGGAAGCACUUGCUCUCCAUCCUCUCGACAAAUAUCGUAAUCGCGAAGAUGAAAAUAAGUGUAGACCUGGUGAAUUAAUUUCAGCUGCUCGUAAUUAUUAUAAUAUGAAUAACCUCAAAAAGUCACUCGAGCUAUUGGAAAAAGCUUAUAUUAUUAAGUCAUCUGAAAGUAUUCAGAGAAAAAUAGAUCGCAUUUCUACGCUAGCAACAAGACCCCCUCAAGGCGUUGGAAUGUGUGAAGCCAUUGAGCACGCCUGCGGAUUUAGCAUCACCAAAGACUUCUUUGAUGGCCUUUACCUACACUAG